GCCACAUCUUCCAAAGAGCCGGGAAGCGCCCAUGAGGACGUCAAUCAGGGCAAAUCCUUGACGUUGAAGGACUUGUGCACGGCGCAGCAGCUGGAGACUGUCGAUGACGAAGGCAAGCUGGACGACUGGCUGACCUUUCUGCUCAACAAGUUUGAGUCAUUCUGCGCUUUGGUGGUGGAUCAUGACAGCAAAGAUGACUUGAUCAAGGUCCUGGAGCCCACUGUGCUGAAAAAGGUGAGCGGGCCAUGCAUGCUGCUCUACGACUCGAAGGUUGGAGAGGCGUCAUCGAAUCCGAACAUUCGUUUGCCACCCUUCCAGCAGAGGCAUUUCCGCCGCAUGCUGCAAGCAUUCACGGCAGUGCGGGGACCUGGCGACCAGGAGAAUGCCCAGGAGGGGGAUUUGAAGAAGACGGACCUCGUCAUCUACAUGGAUGGAGGGCGGAGUGGCAACGACACGUCGGUGUCACAAGCCUUUGUUGACUCGACGGGCCGCUCGAUGAACAAAUGCAGACAGUGCUUCACAAUCUGCUACGACGAAGAAAGCCUCGUCGACAGGCGCGAAAAAGUUCGCGGGUUCGUGAACCAAACCGAGUCCAUGAUGUGCUACACCCUUGAGGGGUUAGAGAUUGAGAAGGUUGCGCGGAAGCACUACAGCGGGACGAAUCACGGCAGCCACAUCGGUCCAGUUCGCGCGCUGCCUUACACCGACAAAGCUUGUUGGCGAAUGAGCCCUGCCGACAAGAAAGCCUUGUGUGGGGACAAGGGUAGGGUGCUCACCGGUGGCCCCUGA